UGUUUCUUGGGUAAGCUUACUUUAUUCCUGAGAGAGAGAGAGAGAGGGAGAGGGAGAGGGGAGCGAGUUUGAACCAAUGGCUUCAAUGGCAUCGCCAAGGAGCUCGUACUUGCCGUCAAGUAGAUCUUACUUGUGUAACAGAAUUAUUCACAACAAGCGCUCAAUUGGCUCUUCUCUUCCCCUAAUCAUUUUCUCUCACCGCCAAAACAACAACAACAACAACAACGAACCUAACGACCAAAUGGGACGCAGGGAAAUAAUACUGAGGAGCAGCGAAGUUGCGCUGAUUGGGGCCAUUUUCAACUUCAGCGGAACAAAACCCGACUACCUAGGGGUACAGAAGAACAAUCCAAGCCUGGCGUUGUGCCCAGCUACUAAGAACUGUAUAUCAACGUCUGAGAACACGAGUGAUAUCACCCAUUAUGCCCCACCUUGGAACUACAAUCCCGAGGGGAAACGAGGAAAUAAAAGCAGAGAAGAUGCAAUGGAGGAGCUUCUUCAAGUGAUACAAUCAACAAAGGCAGACAAGUCCAAGCCACGAAUUGUAGAGAAGAAAGACGAUUACGUGCAUGUGGAAUAUGAAAGCCCUAUACUGGGGCUUGUCGAUGAUGUUGAGUUUUGGUUCCCUCCUGGCAAGAAACCGAUCGUUGAGUAUCGAUCUGCUUCUCGGUUAGGAAACUUUGAUUUUGAUGCAAAUAGAAAGAGGAUCAAGGCGUUGCGGCUAGAGUUGGAGAAGAAGGGCUGGGCUUCAGAAAAUAGCUUUUGACACAAGGCUCACAUUGCUGAAUGUUUCCUAUCAUUUAGGGUGUAUCAAUAAUCGGGGAAGAAGAUUGUUGUUAAUUACAAUGAGGGUAUUCACUCUUUGCACUUUUUCCCUCUUUUUUUUUUCAAGAGGUUCACCAUUUUGAUUUCCUUUGUAUUGACAACAUACAAAGCUUACAAGGAUUAAUGAAAAAACAUUCACUUAUCAA